GGUUCCAACUUCCUAUCCCACGCCUAUUCAAGCCAUCAAUCGCACACACCAUGCCCAAACCUGAUUAACACUAGGAUUGGUGAGCCUGGCAGGGACAUGGAGUGGUCUGGGUCUAACGUUAGUGAUGUGAGCUUGCGGGAAUCCUUCAACACUCCACAAAUUGAGAAUCCCGCUAUUCUCGCCGUUCUUUUUGUUGUUCGGCGCGCGCCUUGAUUGAUCUUCGUUGCGGUCUUGUCCUUAAGGCUGCUUCACGAGUCAAUCGCAUAUACCAUUUGAACCGAUCAUGGCUCCAAGAUACGACGAAGCUCCUGAGGUAGCGCCGCAUAUCUUGCCAGAAGUCUAUUACCCAUCAGCUGUACCUGAAGUCAAUCAUCAUUAUGGCCAGCCGACACAACAAGUACACGCGCCGAUAAAACAACAAGACCCUUCUCUGCACUCGGGAGGAUAUGCGCCGCCAACCGCUACUACGACAACGUUCAACCAUGAUCAAGGCUACGGAGCCGCUUAUUCAGAGCCCGAGAGACGGUCGAAGAGCGGGACUAUAUGUGGGUGCACGCUGCUGGUGUUUGUCCUGUCGGCUAUAAUCGCGUUGUUGUCGGCAGCCGUUAUUGGCCUGGCAGCAGGCACAGGAGUAGAGGCGAGUCGCGCAAAUGAUGCAGAGGCGAGUCUGGCAGCGAUCAAAGCGGGAGGGGCUGCUGCGACCACCACAGUCACUGCACCCACCGCUACAUCCACGUCGGACUUCAGUGCACUGGACAGGAAUUGUACAUCAAAUUCCAAGGGAGUGACAGGAACCACAUAUUCCUCCGAUUUCUUCAAUCUCGCGACUUAUACCGUCUACUGCUACCAGGACACACCGUAUGCCCCGUUGCAAUCACUCUUCGUUGGCAAUUUCGACGAUUGUAUGGACGCUUGUUCUUCUUGGAGCCAUUACACCCCGUCAGACUUCUCCAACGCCACUGCAGCAAACCAGACGUGCGCUGGCGUCAGUUUUAUCCCGGCGUGGACAAACCGAACAUUUGCGGUAGAAGGCACAGCACCUGGCAACUGCUACUUGAAGCCAGGACCUCAGAAUGAGACCGCCCUAUCUGAUCCGAACAAUGGCUCGGAAACACAUGCGGCCAUCAUGAAUGAGGCCUCGUAGGACUUGUCUACUUAUGGGCUUGGGAUGUCGGCGUGGCAUGAUGGUGUUGGCCUGUUUCAUUUCUCCGAGCCAAAAUCGAAGCCCGGUGUUCCGCAUAACGUUGCUUUUUUUUUUUCCCUAGCAGUAUACCUCUAUAGUUGCAUGGCCGGGCGCUGAUAACAUUCUUGCUUGAUGAUACCAAAAUACAGAACUGGUUACAGAUUCGAAAAUAUGGCUUGAGAACGCCCAGUGUAAAUCAUUAUUUGCAAUGUCGUAUCGAUA